ACACACAUUACAAAACUCGCACACACGCAGCUUCUCCGAUACUCUCUAUCUCUUUCUCUUACUCCUGUCUGCCUACACAACUCCCCAAUCAUUGUCGGGUUGUAUUGGUUGGUUUGGCCCACUCUCAUCUUUUGGUUUCGUUGGAUUGAUUUCCCCACCGAGUAUCGCCGAGUUUUCCUCUCACUCUCAAUCCUGCGUGAAACCGAAUAGUUUGGGUGGUUGGCUUCACGGUAAAUGGAUGUAUUCGGUGUGUGAAGAAGCGGAAUUUCCUGUGGAACUCGAGUUUUUUCUUUGUGGAAUUUAAAACAACUCCUCGGGAAAUGGACCCCAAAGCGCUGUUCACAUCGUUCAAUUGCUCGUGAUUUGCUUGGAGUAUUUCCUGCGAUAUCUCUUGUUUGAGUCACAGUUCCCCAGGCCAUUGUUGAACACCAGGCCAAGAGAUACUACGCAACCUAAAGUUUACAAGUUACCCCAGAGCACCUGACUAACUACGCAAUGUCUACAUUGAGAAUGACCCCACCUUCUGCAGGUAUGGAGUACACCGAGUGGAGUGAGGUUGAUACCACAGCAAUGACUAACACUACAAUAAACAUGGAUACAGAAUCUACAUCAGGUCAAAGAGAUUUAGCGCGAACCAUACAAAUCAUCAGCUUGUGGGUAAUGUUUGGAUUUGGUGUAUUAGGAAAUACUAUGGUCAUGAUAUGGAUGUGCCUGAAUCGCAGAAGAAAAUCUCGGGUGAACACCAUCGUCCUCGGAAUAGCGAGUGCGGAUAUGUCAGUUUGUUUCUUCUCAAUCCUCCCUACGGCUCUCAUAGUGAUGUCCCCUACAUGGGAGGCAGGGAAUUUCAUGUGUAAGCUUGUAAUGUACCUUCAAGGUGCAUCCCUCAUAUCAUCGGCUAACAUGCUGGCCCUCAUGGCCAUUGAUCGACAUCAAGCUGUCCUACAACCCCUCAAAGAAUUCUUCAUUGCCUGGAAACUGGUGGUAAUAUCUUGGGGAAUAGCAGGCAUCUUGGCCCUUCCACAGUUCUACGUCUGGGAAGAGAUGAUUCGCAGAGGCAAACCCCGAUGUGGAUCGUUGUUCCGAACACUCCCAGCUUGGCACCGUAUGGCUUACAUCGUGUACAUUGCAGUCAUCACCUUUCUCAUACCGUUCCUUGUCAUUACAUUUGCAUACCUACGCAUAUCAAAGAAGAUAUGGGACAAGGCCCAUGAGACAUCCGGUAAACGAUCAAAAAGAGCUAGCAAGAAGAACAAAAUCGAACUGAAUCGCAAUGCCUCUGGUACUACUCUUACCAAAGCAAAAAGCAAGACACUAAAGAUGAGUGUCGUUAUUAUUUUCUUUUUUGUUCUCUGUGGAGCGCCUUACUUCGUAGUUGAAAUGUUAGCCACUUUUAGAUCUAAUCCGAUAAAUGGGGUAGUAAAUGCCUUCUUUGGCUUGUUUGCUGUGGCGAAUUCCGCCACAAAUCCGUACAUUUUCUUGUACUUUAACACAUCGCAAAGGUGUUGGAAAGAAUUUCGCCUGACAGUGAACCGUUUUUUAUGCUGCUGUGCGCGAGGGAAUAAUGAAGGAGGUUAUUAUAACCGAUACUCAGUCCGCUUUUCCUCUUCAAACUCGCGCACGGAAUUCACGAAGAUACAUGGCGAGUCCUCGAUGAUCACACGCGUAACUGAGGCACCCUCUACGAGGGUUAUACCUGUUAGCAAGGAUCGUGAUGGUCAUGGCGGACUUGGAAGGACUGAGUGAAUGGGUGAGAUGCUAUGGAUAGUCCAUACACAUGAUGGGAGGCUGUACAUCGAGCUAAAUAAAUCAAGUGAUCAAAAGAUCCAGCAAAUUUUAGUGCAAUGUUUGUAGUACAAUUAGGCCUCUGCCUAUGUUGAAGGUCCCUACAAAAGGGGUACACUAGAUCAUAAAUAAUGAAGUGAAAUUUUUACACCUAGCAGUGUAUUCAGUAGAAUAAAAAUCCGUACAAAAUAGGAAAGAAGGUGAUUUAGUAAAAUGCUAUAACAUAAUUUGACACUGGACUGUAUUAACUUUCGAUUGGUUUGUAAAGAUGGAUGAACGAUCCUACCCUAGAACAUUGAUGUCCAUGCCUGGAACAGUCAAAUGAAAGCGUGUCGGGGUUCAUUUACAUUUAAAUAAAGCAAUUUGGAACAACAGUGACCUAAAAUGCAUCCAAUUUCCCCUGUUAGUCCUCCAGAAAAAUCCUGUUCCAUGACAGCUAGACAAAAUAUUACGAGUUAAGGACGUUCCACAGUUAUAUUUGUGCGCAUUAUGAUCUGCGCAUAGUUUACACUCUGCGCGCUUACGUCACAAUGGAUGAACAGGUGAUUAAUUAGCUGCGGGUAUGAGCUGAUUUUUCUCAUCUUCUGCACUUUAACUGCAGAUCCGAUGCGUUAUUUCAUGAAGCUAAAAAAAUUAAUUAUUCCAUGGACCAUUCAAAAAAAUAUUCUCUACAAUUUCAAAAUACUUUACUCUGCAGUGCUGCCAAGAAUCACGAAUAUUAGCCCGAUUUUGAAUAAAUGGUAGAGUGGUUUUGAUUUUUUCUUCACAUAGAUACUAAGCAUUCGGCCCAUUGUUGGUGUUUUAAAAAGCACAUUUGCUCUAAUAAAAAUGCUGAUAGUUUAAAAACAAGCACAUGAACCCCUAUUUUUUAAUGUUUGUACCUCUUAGGUAUACCUUCCUCUACAACUCUGCAAAAGUUGGUGAAAAUGACAUGCAUUUUGAAUAAAGUGCAGCAUUUAUUGUACUUUUGUAGUUUGUUACUGAAAUUUUACAUUUUUUACAUUGGGAUUUUGUUAUCUUUUACGCCUUUUUAAGAACUGACAGUGCUGUUAAACUUAAAAUUGCAAACAAAUAGCACUAUUAAUAGAUUCUCCAUUCUAACGAUACAAUUAUUAACUCUCUUGCGAAAUUUGAUGACUUUUUCAUGUAUUCUGAAUGAGUAAUGGAGGUUUAAACUCAUUGUAGUAAUCUUGGGCGGUCUAAAAAUACCAAAUUCUUUUGAAUGCGCAAUUCUUAAGAACAUCAAUUUGGGUGAACUUUGAAGCUCUAUAGCAAAAAAUCAAGCACAUGGACCUAUGUUAAUUUUUGCAUAUUUCAAAUAUUAAGGUUCUAAAGUAUCUAUGUGCAAAGUUUGGUGAAAAUGACAUGGAUUUCACUUUAACUGUGGAACGUCCUUAAACCACCGAUUAAUCUUGCGACCAGAGAUUUCUAAAUCCCCUCCUCUUGCUAAUUAUCCCACUAAUACUACUACUCUACUACUACUACUACUACUACUACUACUACUACUACUACUACUACUACUACUACUACUGCUACUACUACUACUAUCACUACUACCAGUAAUGCUACUAUUACUACUACAACUAUUACUUCUACUACUACUACUACUACUACUACUAAUACUAAUACUACUACUACUACUACUACUAUUACUACUACUACUACUACUACCAUCACCACAGCCAAAACAACAACACAACAAGAGGUACAAGUACCACAUCUUUUGUUUGCAUUUCUAUUACUACUUCUUAUACUACUACUACUACUACUACCGCUACUACCACUACUACUACUACUACUACUACUACUGCUACUACUACUACUACUACUACUACUAUCACUACUACCAGUAAUGCUACUAUUACUACUACAACUAUUACUACUAAUACUACUACUACUAUUACUUCUACUACUACUAUUACUACUACUACCAUCACCACAGCCAAAACAACAACACAGCAAGAGGUACAAGUACCACCUCCUUUGUUUACAUUUCUACUACUACUUCUUCUACUACUACUACUACUACUACCACUACUACUACUACUACUAAUACUACCACCACCACCACCACCACUACUACUCCUACAUGUGCAACUACUACUUUUACUACUAAACCUUUUAUAUAUACUACUAUUAAAAUACGUACUUCUACUUCUACUAUUGCUACUUCUACUAUUACUAUCAUCUCUACUACCACAACAAGAAAUGUUUAGACUACUUGUACUUUUUCUCUACUUCUUAUGCAACUGCUACUACUGCUCGCUACUAGGAUUAAAACUAUUUGAAAAGCGACAUGAAAGCCGCGAAUGCUCUAAACACAAUGCAUUCACUUAACAUGCAAACUAUUUACACGUGCAAUAUUGUUUUUGAUGAGAUUUUGCAAGAAGUAAAUGCAUUUUCCUUUCGUGUGUUAUUAUGGUUUCAUACUUCUUUCAUGGCUACUACUAUUACCACUCCUACUAUUGCUGUACAUACUGCUAACAUUAUAAUUACUGCUGUCAUUGCCACUACCAUGACUACUAAAAUUCAGCUGCUGUUGCCGCUCCUACUGAUCUUACUAAUAAUUUCACCACUACCGCUACUAAUGAAGCGACUUAUACUUCUAGUGAAAAUAUUUAUUCGGCAACAACAAAAAAAUAUUCAGCAAUUACCAUAAUCACCAUGAUUUUAUUUUUUGCAGUCACUUCAUAUUUGGUUAUUACGAUGUACUAGGACUAUCAAGUUGAUAAAUGUAACACUCUUAAAAAUGUUGGGCAACAUACUGUCUACACAACAAUUGGUUAAAACUUUAUCCAAUUCUGGGUAGUUUUAAAACCAAUAAUGUGUUUAUUUGGGUGAAAACUACACAGUAUUGGUUGAAAGCUACCCAGAGUUGGAUAUGUUGCCAAAAAUUUUAAGAGUGUGUUGUUAUUAUCAUAUCACUCUAUCCUCAAUAAAGAUAAAGAAUUAGAUUCAAAACCCUAGAAAUUAAGUCUGUUCGUUAUUUUACAGAAAUAAUUUCCGAUGCCUAACCACGGUGCGGCAAAAAGCAUGAUUACUUCCAAAGACAAAACAUUCCAAAGACAAAACAUUGAAAGACAAAACACUGUAGUGACGAUAGUAACAGGAAAAUAGAUUAAUGAUACGAUGUCCAAUACCGGAAAUAAUAGCACUACCAUUGGCGCCGAAACGUUCGAAACCAAGCUUUAGGACGGCAAUCUAUCGUGCGUUUUCAAUGGUUCAAAUCCCCCCAAAACUUCGCUCAGAAACAAUACUGCUACUGCUACUACCACCACCACCACCACUACUACCACUGCUGAUACUUCUGCUGCUAACACUACAUUUACUGCUUCUACUAAUGCUACCUGUGCUAUUUUACUACUACUCUAUCACUACUACUCCUGCUGCUGCUGUUACUACCACUACUGCUGGUGCUUCUAUAAGUACCGUUACUACUAGUACGCCUACUUCUACUUAUAUUACUCCAAGUACUAACGCUUCAGUUACUGAUAUGAAAUGAUUAAUUAUAAUUCUAACACUGUCAUGGGUACUAGUACGACGAGUUCUACAGUAACUACUACUACCUCCUCUGCUGUGGUUGCUGGUGGGUUUAUGGCUUUUACUUUUACAGUUCGAAUGGGGUUUUUUCAGUUAAUAUGUCUACUACUACUGCUGCUGCUCCUGCUACUACUACAGGUAAUAAUGAUAAUAAUAUUAAUAAUGAUGAUGAUGAU